GACCUUUGUGUGUUUGUGUUCACAGUUCCAGGAAACCUGGGCAACCGUUUGGAGGCUAAGGUGAACAAGCCGGCGAUAGUUAACUGGUUUUGCUACAAGAAAUCGGAGCAGUGGUUCUCCCUGUGGAUUAACCUCAAUAUGCUGCUGCCCGUCCUCGUAGACUGCUGGAUUGACAACAUCAGACUUGUUUACGACAGGACCACACGGCGCUCCUCCAACUCACCAGGGGUGCAGGUACGAGUGCCGGGGUUUGGGCAAACCUAUCCAGUUGAGUUUCUUGACAACAACAGACUUACCGGUUAUUUUCACACUAUGGUCAACCAUCUGGUCAACAUGGGCUACGUUCGUAAUGAAACAGUGCGAAGUGCACCGUACGAUUGGCGAUUAGCUCCGAAUGAAAAUGUGGAAUACUUCCAGCAGCUGAAGGAUUUGGUGGAGGAGAUGUACGAGCAGCACCAGCAUCCUGUCUACCUGCUGGGCCACAGUAUGGGCUGCCACUACACCCUCUACUUCCUCAACCACCAACCACAGACAUGGAAGGACAAGUACAUCAAGGGCUUCAUCUCCCUGGGAGCACCAUGGGGAGGCGCUGUUAAAGCACUUCGAGUCCUGGCGUCAGGGAACAAUGACGGCGUCCCGAUGAUUUCUAACAUGAAGAUCCGAGAGGAGCAGAGGAUGACCGUCACCAAUCUCUGGUUGCUACCAUUACAGAGCGUCAGGGCCAAGGAUCACGUGUUCAUCUCCACGCCAACCUUCAACUACACCGGCCAGGACUACAACCGCUUCUUCAUGGACAUCGGUUUUGAGGAUGGAUGGUACAUGUGGGAGGACACCAAAAACCUCACCGGCGACCUCCAGGCACCUGGCGUAGAGGUGUGGUGUAUGUACGGCGUUGGGCUUCCGACCCCUGUGACAUACAUCUACGAUGAGAAGUUUCCCGACGAGGAUCCAGUGGACUACGUUUACGCUGACGGGGACGACACGGUGGACAGUUUGAGCAUGAGUCUCUGCAAACGGUGGGUGGGGGAGCAGGACAAGCCUGUGCACGUCACCGAGUACAGAGGGCUGCCCCAUCUGGAUAUUGUGUACAAUGAAAAGGUGCUGACCCAAAUCCAACAAAUCCUGGAGGGCAUAUCAGAGACACCUGAGGAAAUCGAUGCCAGACCUGACACUCGAGGGAAACGGACCGGCAAUUAAGAAAACAGAAAAGCCAUUUCUAAUACUUUUGAGUUCGUUUAAGGUUCAUGAGAAGAGUAACCAGAAGGACUUUAGUCACUUUCAACAUUUAGUACAUUUACCUGCUAUACAGAUGUGCAACAGCUCCCCUGUUGGUCAGGAAAUAUAUGCAAAUGCACUGCUCUGUGUACAUAUUGAAUUCUUUGUAUGAAUUAUAUGGAACAGCAUAUAUGUAAAAACACGUAUAAACAUGUCAUUCUGACCUAUAGUAUGUAAAUAUACAAAUUGUACUUUGACAUCAAAUUCAUCUCCUUUUAUUUUAUUAAGAUAUAUAUGAUAUAGUCCAGUAUUCUGUAUGUCGUUUACAACUUUCACAAAUAGAAAUAUUCAUCUGAUCAAAGAAGUGUUAUAAUUAAAAAAUAAAAGUAAAUAAAGAAGAAAA